UUAAAUAGUGUAGAAAAGUGGUUUAAUUCCCGCUCGUUGAUUGCGCACAUAUUUUCGUGUUCUGUUCCUCAGAUCUUCUUGUGAUGUGAAACCCCGCCGUAAAACAGAUUCAUUUUUGGAACAGCAAAACAGGAGAAACGUGGAAGUCAAAAAGACUGAUGAGGAAAUAAAUUAAACACACGAUACGCAAUUAUUUUUUAUUUGAGCAGACGAAGAUAAAAUAGUGGGGCUAUACCCAACACAAGACAGACAUGGAGAAUAUAUCUGAUGUGUUGGACUCCCCCAACCGAACCCACUCUAACUGCUCCUCUCCAGACCAGUUCUUGCUCCACCCGGAGUUCUACGUGGUCCUGCCCAUUAUCUACUCUGUCAUCUGCGCUGUGGGUCUCACGGGCAACACAGCCGUCAUCUACGUCAUCCUCAAAGCCCCCAAAAUGAAGACAGUCACCAACAUGUUCAUCCUCAAUUUGGCCAUCGCCGAUGACUUGUUCACCUUGGUCCUUCCCAUCAGCAUCGCCGAGCUCCUUCUGCGGUACUGGCCGUUCGGAGAGGUUCUCUGCAAAGUCAUCCUCUCCAUUGAUCACUACAACAUCUUCUCAAGCAUCUACUUCCUCACCGUGAUGAGUGUGGACCGCUACCUGGUGGUGCUGGCGACGGUGAGGUCCAAGCGGAUGCCGUUUCGAACGUACAGAGCGGCCAGGACUGUGAGCCUGUGCGUGUGGCUCCUGGUCAUCCUCAUCGUGAUGCCCUUCACCGUGUUUGCGGGGGUCUAUACUAGUCCGGAGCACAUGGGGAGAAAGACAUGCGUGCUCAGCUUCCCCUAUCCGGAAAGUUUGUGGUUUAAAGCCAGCCGGAUCUACACGCUCAUCCUGGGCUUCGCCAUCCCCGUGUCCACCAUCUGCAUCCUCUACACGAUGAUGCUCUACAAAUUGAGGAACAUGAGGCUGAACUCCAAUGCCAAAGCGCUGGACAAAGCCAAAAAGAAGGUGACGGUGAUGGUGUUCAUUGUGUUGGCUGUGUGUCUCUUCUGCUGGACCCCAUUCCACCUGAGCACCAUCGUGGCCCUCAACACCGACCUGAGGAUGACUCCCUUCUUGAUCGGCGUCUCCUACUUUAUCACCAGCCUGAGCUAUGCCAACUCCUGCCUGAACCCGUUCCUCUACGCCUUCUUGGACGACAGCUUCCGAAAGGCAUUCAGGAAGAUGCUGGAGUGCAGACCUGCCUGAACCUUGGACCAAGGAGCAUGUCCUCAGAGACUGAAGUGCCCUUCUCCUCUUAACCACUCAUAAUUCUCAAAGUUAAUGCUAAAGUAUUGAUUACAUUAGGUGAAUGUAUAAAGUGUAAAUCUUCUUCAUUCAUUUGGUCUGAUUGUAGGUCCCGCCGGGAGAGCACACACACACACACACACACACACACACACA